AUGUCUAGAAAUGCUCAAGUCGUGGAUGGUGAGGCUUCGGAAUCGGAUUCAGAAAUAGAAAUCGGAAGAUCCCCGGAUCUAGAAUUAUCUACAAACUCUGAAGCAUUUGUUAUAUCUGGCGAGGCCCCUGAAUCUGAUGAUGAAUCCAAAUUGAAUUUAUCCAUAAGUCUAGAGGAGCAGGACGUUCCUCUCCAUAGCGUCUUACACCCUCAAGCUCCACCUCCACAAGCCACCAUAUACAACUCACUGCUUCAUCAGAAACUAUGGGAAUGUAAUAUAUCCUUCAGAGCUACCCUUGAGGGUCUAAUCAAACACACCACAGAUAUAUCGGUAGAAAAAUUGACCAGGGCUGAUAAAACUCUGCUGAAUGUACAGGAAAGUAUGAGAGCUACUAACGCCAACCUGACGCUGGCCAGAGCUCGUCUGAAGCAGCUCCACGGCGAACUAGAAAAAGCUAAUUGCAGUACUGCCUUACCUAAUAUUAAGAUUAAAUAA